AUGAAAGCGUUUGUCCUCUUUGCAACUACAUUUGCAUCUUCGAAGGCAUUAACUACGGACUUGCCUUCAUUCUUGACUUUGAAUGAACAUAAAACAUGGAAGGCCUUUGUAGACUAUGCACUAGAAUAUAAGAAGGAAUAUUGCUAUGAUGCUAAUGAUCAGGACCUGGUGCAGUUUCGCUUUCGAGCCUUUGCAAAGAAUUUCGAACGUAUCGAGUCACACAAUGAAGCUUACGAGCGUGGGGAGUUUAGUUUUACACUAGGGCUUAAUGACCUUGCGGAUCUUGAGGAUCUUGAGUAUAAACAGCUGCUGAAUUAUCACUUGAAUGACUUGAAGAGCUCUGGAGCUACUGAGACAUUUUACAAGCCUGAAAAUGUUGAGGAUGUGCCGGAUACUUGGGACUGGCGUGAACACAAUGUUGUAACACCUGUGAAGAACCAGGGCCAGUGUGGAUCCUGUUGGGCCUUUUCUGCCGUAGCUGCAAUGGAAUCUGUUUAUGCUUUGAACACUGGCAAACUUGAGUCCUUUUCAGAACAGGAGCUAGUGGACUGUACUCUUGGAGGUGUGGAUGAUUGUAAUCAUGGUGGAGAAAUGUGUGAUGGCUAUGAAGAGAUUAUCAAACAUCAUGGAGGUAAAAUUGACCGUGAAGCAGACUAUGAGUAUACAGCCGAGUCCAAGGGUGUAUGCAAGUCGAAGGACGACAAGGCGUUGGGCCAUUUUACGGCGUAUGGUAAUGUAACAUCGGGUGAUGAAGGGGCUUUACAGGCGGCAAUUGCUACUAAAGGUGUACAGGCAGUAGGUAUUGAUGCAAGUAGCUUUACGUUCCAAUUGUAUCGCCAUGGUGUGUACAAUUGGCCGUUGUGUAGCAACGCACCGUCUGCAUUGGACCACGGCGUGGCAGCUGUUGGCUAUGGAACGUACAUGAAGAAGGACUUUUGGCUUGUUAAGAACUCGUGGGGUGAUCUGUGGGGCAUGAAGGGCUACAUUAUGAUGAGCCGUAACAAGGACAACCAAUGUGGUAUUGCCACUUGUGCCUCUUAUCCAAUUAUGACGAAGGAAGCGAAUGAGAUUGAGAAGAAACAGUAUCGUGAGAUGGCUCAAAAGAUUACCAACCUAAUUAGUAUCAUGUAA